UUUGUUUCACAGAUUUUUCAAACUUGAUUGACUUCAAUGAAAGCCAUUGUCACACUAUUUUGCUUUUAGAUGUAAAUUGGAAUUGAUAUUUAUGCUUUUCCUAAUUGUUAUUUUCCAAAGCUUCUCCACUUAAUGAAAUUCUGAUCAAAAUUUUCUUUUUUGGUUUAACCUAUUGGUUGUAAAUUAUUGUCAUUAAUGCAUAAUUUUAUAUGUAAGUUUUUUUUCUUACCAUAAAUUGCUAAUGAUUUCUUCUUUAUGCUGAUCUGUUUUGUUUCAGGAAAGACUACUUUAUAUAGGGCAUAGUUCUUGCCAUAUUCAUUUAAAACUUCUUUUAUAAGGUAUAUUUAAAAAAAUAUAUAUAAAUGCAUUUUGCCGCUGAUAAAAUUUAAGGUGAUUGCCCUGGUUAGUUUUCUGUAAUUCAUAGCUUUAAUUACACUGAACAAAUAUUUUAAUAAAUUUUCUGAAUGUUGAUCACAAAUUACUCACAGGUUUGACAUCUGUAUUAUAUAAUAUGAAAAUUAAUCUUUCAUUAUUUGUCUUUUACAUGCUUUCCAUCCUUCAUUUUCAAGACUGAGUGGUUUUUUGUUUGAUCGAAUUUCAAUUAAUUAUUGAUUUAAUAUUCCUGCCAUUGUUUUGUUUAUAUUUGACUUAACAUUUAUUUCAUUGAACUAAUAUUAAAUCAUUAAAAGUUAUUUGAAUGCAUAGUAUUGCAGAUACAGAAUUUUGCCAUUCUACUAGUAACCCUUGAAUGUUUCUUAUAGUUCUUGCUUGUAUUAUUUAAUCAUGUUUUCAGAGUAAAUUAUGCCUGCUACCUAUGCCAUAGUAAAUUUUACACAAACGAAUGAAGUCGAAGUGGUUCCUGUCACAUGGCUGUCUGAGAACGGGUGUGUUUGGCCACCGUUCAAAACUACAGAUGUGCAAAAGAUGGUUAAAAAACUCAUAAAACCGUCAAAAGGAUGGAUCUGCCAUGAAGCUCGGGUGUUGGGACAGUAUUCAACUUAUGAUACUGCUCGAAAAUACUUAAACAAGGCGGAAGAAGAUACAGAUUUAUCUUCCGAGAAGGAGUUGGGGAAGGGGAAGAGGAAAAAGUUUCCUCAACGUCUAAGCACAUCCUCCUCGGAAGAAGAAAGCCUCUCGUUUACCGAGACAACUGGGAUAAGGAUUCCCGAAUUUAAUGCUAAUUUGAUAAGGAGUGUGCCCAAUGCCUGCAGGGUAACCCCUGAAGCCGGCAAAAGUGUAGAUGACUCUACCCAGUGUAGUGUUACACUCGAGAGCUGUGGGAACAAUGCAGAGGUCAUGUCAGUAUUACUCAACCUGACAAAACAAUGGCAAAGGUUCAGGAGAACCAAAAGUUAAUACUAGCGAAUCAAGAAACUAUCUUAAAUCAACAAAGUGCUUCAGUGCAAGAGAAAGCAGUAGUAGAAAAUAUAAUACCAGUAUACUUGCCUGUACAGACGAUGGAUGACAUGUUUCUUUUAGACAAUGCGCUGCUGGAUCCCGAUGCAAUGAGUUUUAUGAUUAAUUCGACUUCGAAUUGCGGUGGCCCAACCAUCAAGGCAACUGUGAAACGGAUAGUAAGGAAAAUAUUGACAGAUUCUGUGGCACAGCACUACAGUUGGCUGUGGGCUAAAGGCAAAGCUAAGUUCUGCGAGUUGCAGAUAGCGAAAGUAGUUUUUG